CAACAACGCAAAUACACAUAUACGUGAAAUGAAAUACCAACACUGUGGACAGCAUGUCAUAGAUUAACCUUUUCUGUCAAAUAUUGUACUGCCAUAAACCAUUUGGAUCACAGGUCCUGCUUGGCUAUUUUUACAAUUGUGUAUAAAAGGCAUCAUCCCUCCACAGAAAAGCAUUCCACUGUCUGAACGGAAUCGUACGAAAUAUAAGCCAAAAUGAACACCUUUGUUGUGUUGAGCGCAAUAGUGGUAUCAUGUUUAGCUGGAGGUGACUAUUACCCCAAGGGUCAUACUCCUUGGUACGGUCGUGGAGGAAUUAGAGGAGGCGGUGGAAUAAUGGGCGGCGGAGGAAUGAACGGUGGGAUGAUGGGCGGCGGAGGAAUGAACGGUGGAAUGAUGGGCGGCGGAGGAAUGAACGGUGGAAUAAUGGGCGGCGGAGGAAUGAACGGUGGAAUGAUGGGCGGCGGAGGAAUGAACGGUGGAAUGAUGGGCGGCGGAGGAAUGAACGGCGGAAUGAUGGGAGGUGGAGGAAUUGGCGGAAACAUUGGAGGUUUAACUCUUUAUCGUGCUCCAAAAUAUGGAAGUUGCUCAUAUCGCAAUAUGUUUGACCGUCUACAAAUGGGAGCUUACUGCUAUCACGAUGAUAACUGCCCCGGUUCUCAGAAAUGCUGUUACAGCUUCAUCUAUGGACGACGUUGUCAAAUUCCACAAGAAUAUCAAAGAUUUGGUUCCUGUAAUUAUAACUACAUCACAUUCCCAACACGAAGAGCAUGUAAUGACGAUACCAUUUGUCCAUAUGGCGGUAAAUGUUGUAGAAGAGAAGUGUCAGGCCAAGUCGACACAUGCACAUAUCCCUUUUCCAUAUACCCAUUGCCAGGCAACCCUGGUACACCAUACCCAAUUCCAGGCAACCCCGGUACACCAUACCCAAUUCCAGGCAACCCCGGUACACCAUACCCAGGCGGUCACAAACACAAAAAAGUUUAUUAAAUUUUGAUGUAUUUCGGUAGAUAUACAUUUUGUAUUGUAUAAUAAAUAGUUUACUGCAUCCUCUAAA